AUGGCGGUACAUGUGCUCUGUGUUUUACUCAUUAUAUUCCAAGUGGUAUACGGCAAUGAACAAUACAAAAAUGAUGGAAUCAUGAAUAGAAUAAACAGUGGUAUGAAAUUCGCCCAAGAUUUUCUUGGCUCCGAAUCAGUAGCUCUAAAAGUAGCAGAGUUCGUAGUGAGAGCCUUUCAAACAGGGAAUAAACCUAAACCAUUCAACCGACGAUGGCCUCAGUCUGAUCCUCAUAGCGCGGAGACAGUACAAUAUUCUUCAAAUGAAAGUGAAUCUCACAGUAAUGGCAAAGUGCCCGUCUAUGACGUCAACGAAUCUCAAAGCCCUUUGACGCCUAUACGACAGCUAGUAAGACUUUUUGGACUGCAACCGAAUCAAAUAAGUGCCGUGGCUAUUAACGCUAUAGUUUUCGUCGCACAGUUGAUAUCUACAUUCUUAGCAGGACCAAAACGCGAAUCAGCACCGUACCGAUCAGAUGAUCCUGCUAUGUGGAUCCUGAAUAAGAAUUCAAGAAGACUUCAAGAUAUUCUCACUGCUGCUAAAAAUACGUCUUUGCCAGAUGCCAUUGACGAAUUAAUCCAAGAAAAAGGCACUGGCGAAGAAACUAGUUGUAUUCGGCUCUUAGUUUGUAAAGUUACUCCGUUUAUUUCUAGAAUGCAAAAAACCGUAUUUGGUAACGAAGACGAAGUAAAAAAUGAAAGGUCUAGUAAAGAACUACGUGGCUCAGCAGUGAUGUACCGCCAUCUACCGACAGCUGAAGAAAUCAACGCUCGGAACGACAUCUGUGAACAACAACAUAAAGAUUGUAAUCUUAAUGAGUGA